UGUAUUUCUCAUUUUCGAUCUUGAAAAGUGAAAGCUCCAAAAAAUAUCUAACAUUUUCUUUAGUCUUCAGAGAUCUUUGGUGAUUCUUGUUUAUCUUUUACUUGGUUUCUUAAUUAUUUCUUCAUAUGGAUGGGCGUCAGCUUCACCACCUUCAAUACCUUAAUAAACAUAAUCACCAUGUUCAUCCUCAAUCUCAAACGCCAGAAAUAGCGUCACCCGCAACUGUGGCUGCAGGGGAUAGGUUUCCACAGUGGAGCUUAGAAGAGACAAAAGAGUUGAUAGCGAUAAGAGGAGAGCUGGAUCAAACUUUCAUGGAGACAAAACGGAACAAGCUUCUCUGGGAGGUUGUCUCUAACAAGAUGAGAGUCAAAAGCUUUCUUCGUAGCCCUGAACAGUGCAAGUGCAAGUGGAAGAAUCUCGUCACUCGUUUUAAGGGAUGUGAGACAACGGAUGCAGAGUCAGCAAGACAACAAUUCCCUUUUUAUGAUGAUAUGGAAAUUAUAUUUACAAGUAGAAUGCAGAGAAUGAUAUGGGUCGAAUCAGAGGGAGGAGGAGGGGGAGCAAGUGGGACAACCAGAAAGAGAAGUCACUCAGAGCAGUUCUCUUCAGAUGAAGAAGAAGAGAACGUGAAUGAAGAGCUAGUAGAUAUCAGCAAUGACCCGAAAAUCCUAAACCCCAAAAAGAACAUAGUGAAGAAGCGAAAAGGCGGUAUUAGUAAUAGUAAUGCCAGUAAUAGUGUAAGGGAAGUUUUAGAUGAGUUUAUGAGACAUCAGAUGAGAAUGGAGAACGGGUGGAGAGAACGCUGGGAGGCAAGGGAGAAGGAGAGAGCAGAGAGAGAAGAAGAGUGGAGAGGGAAGAUGGAGGAGAUUGAGAAGGAGAGAGUGAAGAUGGAGCGGAUGUGGCGGGAUAGAGAGGACCAAAGACGGUCGAGGGAGGAGACGAGGGCUGAGAAGAGGGAUUCACUUAUCAAUGCAUUGCUUGCUAAGCUUACUAGAGAUGGUUAAUUCUAUCUAGGUCUAAUAUUUUAACGUAAGUUAACUUGUUCUUUCUAUGCAUGUUAUGGGGUUGUAGGUUUUUAAUUAUUUGGUGGGAAUAGUUAAGUAUAUCCUUGGAAAAACUGAACACUCAUAUAUCGAGUUUUCUCGUGGGACUACAGGAAUAUAUUAACCUCCAUAUUCUUUUCUUCCUGUUUUGAUUUUGGUUAAUCUAU